UUGUUGAUGAAAACUCAUAUUAAGGAAAAACUAAAACUUUAAUGAAAUCGAAUUUGUUUUUAACAAAUCAUACGAAGAACGCAUUCCACGCACUGUCGCCGAUGUAGAGUAAAUACCAUUGACCUUUAUUUGACAUUAAUCAAGAACAAACGAAAAUAUUUUUUUAACUCGUGAGAUAGAUACAAAGUUAUUUUCAAGUUCUAAAAGUACUGUGCAUUGAGUGAAACUAUUUAUUUCCUUAAUUUUGUUAUUGCUCUGAACAAAUCGAGAUGAAUCGACGUUAUUCACGCGUGGAGUCCGGAGGGGACUUAAAGGACUAUUUCGAUCGUGGAGAUAUCGCUUCUCGUGAGAAUCGGUGGACUUUUGAAAUUGCUUGGGAAGUAGCAAAUAAAGUUGGUGGCAUUUACACGGUAAUACGAUCGAAAGCUUAUGUGUCAACAGAAGAAAUGGGCGAACAACUGUGUUUAAUGGGUCCUUAUAAGGAGCAUUGCGCCCGCACAGAAAUUGAAGAAAUGGAAUUCCCUCGUGGCAAUCCUCUUUUAGAUGCUGUCAAUACUAUGAGAUCUAGAGGCUAUAAAAUUCAUACUGGUCGCUGGCUAGUCGAUGGGAAUCCCCAAUUGAUUUUAUUCGAUAUUGGUUCAGGGGCAUGGAAAUUGGACCAAUUCAAAUCCGAGCUGUGGGAAAAAUGUCACAUUGGAAUUCCCCACUUGGACAUUGAAACAAAUGAUGCUAUUAUUUUGGGCUACAUGAUUGCGGAGUUUCUGGAAGAGUUUCGCAAUCGAGCUGUCGAUUAUUCCCAAGCCAAUGAAUUGCAAGUUCCUCGUGUAGUUGCUCACUUUCACGAAUGGCAGGCUGGCGUUGGGCUUAUUGCUUUGCGUACACGUCACGUUGAAGUUGCUACUGUAUUUACUACUCAUGCAACGUUGUUGGGUCGCUAUCUUUGUGCUGGAAACACCGAUUUUUAUAAUAACUUGGAUAAGUUCGCCGUAGAUGACGAGGCUGGCAAGCGACAAAUCUACCAUCGCUAUUGUUUAGAACGUGCUGCCACCCAUUUGUCGCAUGUCUUUACCACAGUCUCUGAAAUUACUGGCUAUGAGGCCGAGCACUUGUUGAAACGAAAACCAGAUAUUAUAACGCCAAAUGGAUUGAAUGUUAAAAAGUUUUCAGCAAUUCACGAAUUCCAAAAUUUACAUGCAAUGGCCAAGGAAAAAAUUAAUGAGUUCGUUAGAGGUCACUUUUAUGGACACAUGAACUUUGAUCUUGAUAAAACUUUGUACUUUUUCAUCGCUGGUCGAUAUGAAUUUGGUAAUAAGGGUGCUGAUAUAUUUAUCGAAUCCUUGGCCCGCCUUAAUGCCAUGUUGAAACACGAAAAGCCAGAUACAACCGUUGUAGCAUUCUUGAUUUUCCCCACCAAAACUAACAAUUUCAAUGUCGACUCUUUACGCGGUCAUGCUGUAGUCAAACAAUUACGUGACACCAUUAAUAAUGUACAGCAAGGUAUUGGCAAAAGGUUAUUUGACUCCUGCCUCAAGGGUCACAUACCCGGAACUGAGGAGCUUCUUACAAAAGACGACUUGGUUAAGAUAAAGAGAUGUAUGUACGCUAUGCAGCGUGACAGCAUGCCACCGGUUACCACACAUAACAUUGUGGAGGAUUGGAAUGAUCCCGUCUUAAGUGCAAUCAGGCGAUGUCAGUUGUUCAAUUCUGUUAAUGAUCGAGUUAAGAUGGUAUUUCAUCCUGAGUUUUUGACUUCAACCAAUCCUUUGUUCGGUAUUGACUACGAGGAGUUUGUGCGUGGUUGCCAUUUGGGCGUAUUUCCAUCAUACUAUGAGCCCUGGGGCUAUACACCAGCCGAAUGCACAGUUAUGGGUAUUCCUAGUAUUACUACAAAUCUAUCUGGUUUCGGUUGUUUCAUGCAGGAGCACAUUAGUGAUCCCAAAUCCUAUGGUAUCUAUAUUGUCGAUCGCAGAUAUAUUGGCUUAGAAAACAGUGUUCAGCAGCUCUCCAACUAUAUGAUGGAAUUCUCAAGGCUUAACAGAAGGCAGAGAAUUAUUCAGCGAAAUCGUACGGAGCGCUUGAGUGAUUUGCUUGAUUGGAGAACACUUGGCAUUUACUAUAGACAAGCACGAGUUAAGGCUAUACAAGCUGUUUAUCCAGAUUAUGUCGAUGAAAGUUCUGUAUACGGUUCUCGUAAUAAUUUGAGUUUCUCUAGACCCUUCAGUGAGCCCCCAAGCCCUUCUUCAUCAAGACAUACAACUCCGGCCCCUUCAGUACAUGGUUCCGAUGAUGAAGACUCUGUUGAUGAAGAAACCGAACUCAAGGAAUUGGGUAUAAAAUAAAUUUGUAUGUGCGUGUUCCUAUUUUACAAUAAUGACCAUGACCUUUUACGUAUGAUUGCUGCAAUAUAGCGCGCACACAUUUUUAUAACGUUUUUAAAAAUGACACAAAAUGAUGAUUAAUUCGAACAACUCAAUAACAAUGAUAAUCAAGUACCUCAAGAAUUUGAAAACAGUUUAAUCCUCAAACUUUGAUAUACAAACAUUUUAAAAGAUUUUUUAACUUGUUAAUAGAAGAAACCUUAAUUAUCAACAAACAUAGCCGACGUUCACUUUUACAAUUAAAAUACUAAUAUAAACUAUUCAAUUUUAUGAUGACAUUAGAAAAAUUUAAAGAAAAAUAAGCUAAAAUAUUAAAUUACUAUUAAUUAAUUAUUUAAACAGUAAAAACAAAAUUGAUUAAAAUA